GGCCCUGCCGCGGCGUCCCGCGAAGAGCCUGCGAUAAAAGCGACGGAGCAGGGAAAGCCGAAGAUGUCGAAGGGUCCCCUUCCCAGCUCCCCGUCGGCGGCCUCCACGUCGCCGGCACCCGCGGCUGGAGGCGGGGCGCUGCAGGCGCAGCCCGAGAAGCCGCAGCAUUACACGUAUUUGAAAGAGUUCAGGACUGAGCAGUGCCCCCUCUUCGUACAGCACAAGUGUACCCAACAUCGUCCCUAUACUUGUUUCCACUGGCAUUUUGUCAACCAGCGUCGGCGAAGGUCGGUGAGAAGGAGAGAUGGGACUUUUAACUAUAGCCCAGAUAUCUAUUGUACAAAGUAUGAUGAGACGUCAGGACUCUGCCCAGAAGGAGAUGAAUGCCCUUUUCUACACCGGACUACAGGAGACACAGAAAGAAGGUAUCAUCUGCGCUACUACAAGACCGGUAUUUGUAUCCAUGAAACUGAUUCAAAGGGUCACUGUACGAAAAAUGGGCAGCAUUGCGCAUUUGCUCAUGGUCCUCAUGAUCUGCGAUCUCCUGUUUAUGAUAUAAGGGAGUUGCAAGCAAUGGAGGCCUUACAGAAUGGACAGCCAGCAUUAGAUGGGGGAAUAGAAGGGCAGACGGCUGUUGCUGCCAGCCAUGCCAUGAUCGAGAAGAUUCUGGGAGAGGAGCCACGCUGGCAGGAUACCACCUAUGUUCUUGGACAUUACAAGACUGAACAAUGUAAAAAACCUCCCCGAUUGUGUCGGCAAGGUUAUGCCUGCCCUUACUACCACAACAGCAAGGACCGUAGAAGGAGCCCACGCCAAAACAAAUACAGGUCUUCCCCAUGUCCCAGCGUAAAACAUGGAGAUGAAUGGGGGGAUCCCAGUAAGUGUGAAAGUGGAGAUUCUUGUCAGUACUGUCACACACGCACAGAACAGCAGUUCCAUCCAGAGAUCUACAAGUCUACAAAAUGCAACGACAUGCAGCAGUCUGGGAGCUGCCCCCGCGGACCCUUCUGUGCCUUUGCACAUGUUGAGCAAACACUGUUUUGCGACGAACUACAGUCACCGUCUGCUGUAUCAAGUCCAACACAGACUGGGCCGGUUAUGUACAUGCCAUCAGCCGCAGGUGACUCUGUUCCUGUAAGCCCCUCGAGCCCUCACGCUCCAGAUUUCAGCAAUGUAUGGGGAAAGAUGAGCCACCUUCCCACUAGCCCAACAUCAGCCACUAUGUUGUGUAGCAGCUUAGGUAGCCCAACCAAUCCAUGUGGGUCUCCUCCAACCUCUCUUGGGAAGCCUCAUAGUCUGGAUAACUUCCAUUCUGAUCUGUCUAGCAGCUAUAAGAAAGCCCCAGGGUGUGAACGGGAGGAUUCUAUAGGAGCAGAGUAUCUCAAAAACUUCAAAAAUCAGGCAAAAUUAAAACAGCACUCGAUGGAGCACAGAAGCCAGGAGCAGCCUCUUUUGCAUUCUAAACAGGAAGCACUGGCAAUAAUGCCCAUGGGAAGCCCUCUCACCUCUAGUAUCUCCUCUAGUAUUACCUCCAGCUUGGCUGCUACACCACCCAGUCCAGCAGCAGCAAGUGGUGUCCCCGGAAUGAACGCCAAUGCUCUUCCCUUCUACCCAACCAGUGACACUGUGGAGUCUGUUAUAGAAUCUGCUCUGGAUGAUUUGGAUCUAAAUGAAUUUGGAGUAGCUGCUCUAGAAAAAUCAUUUGACAAUAGCACUAUCCCUGCCUCUGGAGGAAUCAUGAUUGGUGGAAGCCUAAUGCAAAGCUCGGCUCCUGUGAAUAUUCCUGGGUCCUUAGGAAGCUCGUCAUCUUUCCACUCCACGUCACCAUCACCUCCUGUCAGCCUCUCUUCACACUUCCUCCACCAAUCUGCUGGCGGACAUAGCCAAUCAGACAAUGCCUUUCUUAGUACGUCUGCUUCUCAUGGGUCCUUAGGUCUUAACGGAAUGAGUAACAGUAUAUGGGAGCACUUUGUAUCAGGCAGCUACUCUCCUGGGUCAUCCCCUGCAUUCUUGUCUGGCCCUGGCGGAGCUGAAUUAGUGAGGCUACGUCAGGAACUAGAAGAGGCUACAAACACCAUAAAACAGUGGGAAGACUCCUGGAAACAAGCAAAGCAGGCUUGUGAUGCCUGGAAGAAAGAAGCUGAAGAAGCCAACGAGCGAGCCACAGCAGCCAGCAUAGAGUGUGAACUUGCCCGAGAGCAAAGAGAUGCCCUGGAGCUACAGCUGAAAAAGUUACAGGAAGAGUUGGAACAGAGGAUAACGGGUGCACAGGACUCAAAGCUUCACGGCUCCAUGUCAGAACUAGAGGGCCUCCCUCUUAGUACUCUCUAUAGCAUCCAGAAGCAGCUACAUGCCAGCCUGGAAAGAGUCGACAAGGCAGUAUUCCAGGUCCAGUCAGUGAAAUGCUCUAAGUGUCAAGAACAGAAUAGAACACUGUUACAGUGCCAACAUGCUAUGCUUUGUGAAGUGUGUGCAACAGAUUGCCCGGCCUGUCAGCCCAGCAUAACACCGAUCAUGCAGCCGUGACCUCUGCUUGCCUGGACCCAGGCUUCUCGGAACUCCAUUUUUUUAUACACUUAUAUAAAUAUAUAUAUAUAUAUUCAUACAAUGGAAUACUAGUGACGCUGAGCACUUUUAAACAAGACUGUUUUUCAUUCCUUUGGAACUUGCAUCAAAAGCCUACAUUUUGUUGUUGUGGUUUUUUUGGGGGGGGAUUUUUUUUUUUUUUUUUUUUAAAGCAAGGGAGACUGAAUUUAAAA